AUGCCUUCAAGUGCCGUCCAACCCCGUGGUGCCGGGCCGAGCGUUAUGGCUCAGACGCUGCAGAUGGCGAUCCCCAACUUUGGCAACAACAUCCUGGAGUGUCUGAACGAGCAGCGGCUGCAGGGCCUCUACUGCGACGUCUCCGUGGUCGUCAAGGGACACGCCUUCAAGGCCCACCGGGCCGUGCUGGCGCCCAGCAGCUCCUACUUCCGGAAUCUGUCCAACCCCGGCGGGAAGAGCGCGGUGGUGGAGCUCCCCCCGCCCGUGCACCCGCAGAGCUUCCAGCAGAUCCUGGCCUUUUGCUACACGGGGCGCCUCAGCAUGAACGUGGGGGACCAGUUCCUGUUCAUGUACACCGCCGGCUUCCUGCAGAUCCAGCAGAUCAUGGAGAAAGGCCCCGAGUUCUUCCCCAGGGUGUCGUCUCCCAGCUGUGACUCCCAGGGCCUCCACAGCGAGGAGACCCCGCCCUCCCAGCCCCAGAGUCCCGUCACCCAGACGACAGUCGCCCCGGCCGCGGGGAGGCCCGCCUCCUGCCUGACGCCCCUCCCCCUCGUGUCCAAGGUGAAGACGGAGCAGACGGCCUCCACCCCGCAGACGCAGCAGGAGGUCUCUCCCUACUCGGUGGUCUGCACCCCUGUGGCCAAGCGGCUGUGGGGAGGGGGGGCAACCGGGGACAGCUGGAGGGGGGUCAGGCCGGGGGAGGCGGGGCUGAGGAAGGCCGCCCGCUACUCGGUCCUUCCUCCUUCCACCUGCUCCUUCUUCCAACAACACCACCAACCCAAGGACGCCUCCGGGCGAAAGCCGCCGUCGCUCAACCGCCGG